AUGGCCCUCGGCCUGUGCCGCUGCUUCCACCCUCGCCACUCCAUGGCAGCUUUUGGUCUGUUUCCGGCUCUGCCCUCUGCCCUGAACUCUCAUCCAGCUUGUACCUGCCUGCUGGACCCCUCCACCUGGAGGCCAGCCCAUGUCUCAGGCCCAGCCCUACCCUCUUCUCCUCAAAUUCUAAGUGUUUUCUCUUUAAGUUUCCCUGGCUUUGUGAAUGGAUCAUGUGUCUCUAGGUAUAAACCUGCCAUCAUCUUUUCACCCGGCUUACCUCCACCAGAUCUCCCCAGUUCUGUCUCCAUCUUCCACCUGCAGCUGCUUUGUUCUCAUGGUCACUGCUGCAUCACUGAGUCUGGACCCUUGUUAUCAUUUUCAAACUGGCCUCCUUCCCUCGUUCCCCCCUUCUUAAAGUCACCUGUCCAUUGCCACCAGAUUAAGCUUUCUCCAGCCAGAUCACCUCUCUCUGAGAAACCUCCAUUGACAUGGAAACACCAUUGUCUGGCACACAUACUCACAUACUCACCUUCCCGUCUUGAUCCCCACACAUCUUUCCAGCCUCCCCUCCCACUCCACUCCCCCCUCCCUCCUCCACCUCCCCAUCCUCUUUUCUCCCCUCCCCUCUGAAUCCAGCCCAGCGGGGCUUCUCCUGCCUCCAUCACAUCACAGAAGUACCUCCUGCUUCUGGUUUUAAUUAGAGCCUUCCCCGAUUACAUUUUCCUCUGAAUUUUUUCCUAUCUACAUUUGAUCUGUCAUGUUUAAACCCCCUACUUCUAAGGGACCUUCUCUAAUCUCUUAUCCUCAUCCCCAAAUAGUGUUUUCUUCCUCUGGGUUCUUAUAAUGCUGGUAUCAAUCUCACAGCAUUUAGUGCUUCCUGCCUGGUGUGACAGUUACCUGUGUGCAUGUGCAAUUUCUAAUUUCCCACACUAGACUGUGAGCUUCCUAAGGCAAGAAUCAUGCCUUGUUGGUUUCUGUAUUCCUCAUGGUGCCAAACACAGUGCCUUGUACAUUGCAGGUGCUGAAUAAACAUUUUUAAAGCAAA